ACCUCGGCCCUUCUCCUAUAAACAGCCAACCCGCCGCCGCCACCGUAACGCCUCCUCCGCAAAAUUCCCCAAUCCAAUCGACUAGCCGACCUCAGCACGCGCCUCGGAAACCCUAGCUCCGGCGACGACUCCAGAUCCGGCCUCCUCCUCCGAGGGUAUCGUCUCGCUCCGGCGCCUCCGCUCCCCGGCGUCCUGAACCAGAGCUCCCCGUUCGCACCCUCACCCCGGCGGCCUACCGUUCAAGUCGCGCGGUCUCCACUCCGGGCUUCGACCCCAUACACCGGCCGAACUCGAAGGGAUCCGCGAGCUUUUCUCCGAUCGCCAAUCUGCUCCGCAUAGAUCGAAUUUUAUCUGUAACUCUCUCUCGUUGCAAUUGCAAUUCGGUGUAUUUCGGUUGAGAAAAAAAAAAAUUCAGGCCGACUCGUAAAAUAUUGUGAGAAAGAGAGGCCUUUUAGUGGAACUCGCCAUCCAUCAUGGGUGUUGUGUAUUACCAGUAUAAGAGUGAAAAAGAAAUAUAUUCCAUACCUGUGCCCCAUGCUUUUAUCUCUGUCUCCGAACUCAAGCAAUUUAUCUUGACAAGUGACCGGCACGGCCGUGGGCGCACCCGCGGCCACGGCCCCAGGGAGGGUAUCGCCAUCUCCAACGCCCAGACUGGCGAAGAAUAUGGUGAAAAUGCCAUGGUACGGCAGAACACAACUGUGCAGAUCCGCAGAAUUACUGGACAAUGGUCAGAGAAAAUCGUCUUGGAAUCCUCGCUGAAAGUCACAGAAGGAUGUUCUGUACCUUCAAGCAAGUCAGUGAUUACUGACUCAAACUCUAAAUCAUGUUCCUCCGCAGAAGUGCAAGAUGAAGAUGCUGCAAUCAAAGCAGUGAUUGAUGCAGCUGAACUCAAAUUGGAAGAGCACCCAUCUAAAAGAGGACAAGCCAGUGGAAGGUUUACAUCAGGACGUCAUUAUGGUGGACCAUUGGAAAGGGAGACACCUCCACUAGGCUACGUCUGUCGCACUUGUGGAAUUCCAGGUCAUUUCAUUCAACACUGCCCACAGGAAAGCACGACACCUCCACCUGGAUAUAUCUGCUAUAGAUGCCGGAUCCCAGGGCAUUUUAUUCACCAUUGCCCGACAAUUGGUAAUCCCAGUUUUGACAAGAAUAAAAUGAGUCGGUCUCUUGCCCCAGUAGUAGCUGUAAGUCCUGUUGAUGGCAUUCUAGAAGCACUUGUCCCAGCUGCAUCGCUGAGUGCUGUUGAUGACUUGCCAGCAGAGCUCCACUGCCGACUGUGUAAAAAAGUGAUGAUAGAUGCAGUAUUGACAAGCAAGUGCUGUUUUGACAGUUUCUGUGAUAAAUGCAUUCGGGAUUACAUUAUUACGCAAUCGAAGUGCAUUUGUGGAGUCAAGGCGCUUGCAGAUGACCUCAUUCCCAACCAAACACUUCGGAGCACAAUCAGCAAUAUGUUGGCAACACAGGCUAGCAGCACUACAAGUGGUACAACCAAGCACAGAAGUUCUUCAGGCAGCAACCCUGAUCCCAAAUUACCAAGCCAAGCUCCUUCUGCUGCCUCAGAAAGGGAGAUAAAGGAAUCUAUGGACCAGGUAGCCACAGAGGGUGAUCUAGUGAACCAGCCUCUAGAGAAAUUGGCAGUCAAUGUUGAUCUGAGCAAAGAUGAAGGCAGUUCUGCAGAACUGUCAGUAGAGAAGGCUGUAGCAAGCGCUGAAGUCCUCAAACCAAAACAUGAAAGUGGAUCAACUUCGAAGGUCACCACUGUUUCAGGGGCACUGGAACAGAAUGCCACCAGGACAGAUCAACAGAAGAAGAAGCGGAAGAAGGCAGACUCAACUAAGAUUGUUCACCCUAACAAUGUCGAAUAUGGUUACAACGCUCCAUUUAACCCUGCAUAUUACAACCCUUUCGUCAGUGGAUAUCCUUGGGUGAAUGGACCUUACAUGUAUGGCUCAAUGGACAUGCCUUAUGGUGGUUAUCCAAUGGGCCCAUAUAGUGUUAAUUCCUUCAGCAGCAUGCCACCGCAGGCUCUUGCAAUGCAAUGCUAUCCAGCGAACUAUCAUAGGCAUGAUACUCAGCCUAGACUUCUGCGAGACACUGAAGCUGCUACGGCACCUUCAAGGCAGGCUGAAAGGCCCAAAGCCACUGGUCUUCAGUCCCGAUCAUCAGAGCGCAACCAACAACUAGGUUCAUCACACGGUUCAGAGUCAAGGAACAGAACAAGAUCAAGCUCUGAGUGGAGGGACCACGGGCGUUCCGAUAAAGCCUUCAAUGACUACCAUGAGGAUCACUCUAGUAGGAAGAGAAUGCGUGUUUCUUCUCCAAUGGAUGGUGAUAAACAAAGCAGCCGGAGGUCGAGAGACAGUUCCAGGAAUCUGACUCGUGAGGAUUCAAGCGAUGAUGAGCGCAACUUCAAGAGGAGAUGGGGGCGCAGAUCAUCCGUCGCCCUGGUCACAAGGCACUGAAUGAAGAUGGUACUUGGGAGGACCAAGUGCAGCAUUGCUGAUCUCCAAUGCUCGCUAAGAUUUAGUCUACUUGCAAUUGUAUGUAUGCCUCUGAAAGCGGAUGAAACCUUCUCAGAAAGCUCAGGAAAACAUGCAGAUCUUCCCCAGGCAAAAUGUAAUCAACUAUUCAUAUACCAAACUGUACUACGAGAGCAUUGCCAGCUCUCUUUCCUACAAUGGCAUAUCUCCAAAGAUAAAUGAAUUUCUCUAGUUAUUGAGUUAAA